AAAUAAUUGAUAUUAACCCCCAUUUCAAAAAAAAAAAAAAAAAAAGGCAUUAACCCUUUUAAAUAAUCAGUUUUCCUUCGCUCUCUGGUUUAUCUCCAUGUACUCCCACACCCAUCUCGUUUUCUUUUCCGUUUCCCACGUUUUCUCGCGCUUUCUCUCUCUUUCUCUAUCCAAUUUUCCCGAGAAACCUCCAACUACCGUUCCUAGAAAACUCCGUUUUCUGUUUCCAUCUCGAUUUUCCGAUUCCCUCCGAUUUUCCUUCCGUUCCAAUUUUAAUGCCAAGAAAGUGAGAGACACCGAAUAACCGUUGAUAUUUAUGGAGAACGGCGUCGUAGGGAACGGAAUUUGCUCGUCGGAGUCGGUUAAUGGAAGUCGCGAUGUUUGGAGCUGCAAGUUCUCCGAUUCCGGUUCUGCUGAUCAUCUCGUUGUCAUGGUCAAUGGAAUUCUUGGAAGUGCCACAGAUUGGAAGUUUGCAGCGGAGCAGUUUGUUAAAGCACUCCCUGAUAAAGUCUUUGUACUUUGUAGUGAAAAGAAUGUCUCAACGUUGACUCUAGACGGUGUGGAUGUCAUGGGUGACCGAUUGGCAGAGGAGGUUCUCGACGUGAUUCAAAGAAAGCCAAAUCUAAAUAAAAUUUCAUUUGUUGCACAUUCAGUGGGAGGAUUGGUGGCAAGAUAUGCAAUUGGUAAACUAUAUAGACCCCCUAAACUAACAACUGUGGAGGAUUCUUCAGUUAAUGAGUGUGAUAAAGAUUCUAGGGGUACAAUAGGGGGCUUGGAGGCCAUGAACUUUAUCACUGUUGCUACACCACAUCUUGGUUCGAGGGGAAAUAAGCAGGUACCCUUUCUCUUUGGUGUACCCGCAUUUGAAAAAGCUGCAAGUUGCGUUAUUCAUUUGAUAUUUAGGAGAACAGGUCGACACCUAUUUCUUACUGAUACGGAUGAAGGAAAGCCCCCUUUGCUUAAGCGCAUGAUUGAAGAUUAUGAUGACUGUUAUUUCAUAAUGACAUAUAAGUCAUUAUGCAGGUCUGCGCUGCAGACAUUCAAACGUCGGGUUGUAUAUUCAAAUGUGGGCUAUGACCAUAUUGUGGGCUGGAGAACAUCUUCGAUUAGACGCAAUGUUGAACUGCCAAAGUGGGAGGAUACUGUGAAUGAGAAAUAUCCGCAUGUGGUAUAUGAAGAACGCUGCAAGGGUUACGAUGAACAAUCUGAAACAACUUCGGUGGAAGAUGAUGGCUCCGACAAGAUUGAAGAGGAACUGGUGACGGGUCUGUCUCGUGUGUCAUGGGAAAAGGUUGAUGUUAGUUUUCACAGCAUCAGGCAUAGGUUUGCCGCUCAUAGUGUCAUUCAGGUGAAAAAUGAAAGCGUGCAUAUAGAAGGUGAAGAUGUUAUCCGCCAUAUGAUGGAUCAUUUUCACACUUAGAUCCAAUAAUUUCCGGAAGUAAACGUACCAAAUACGACGAGUAUGCUUGUUGCAUCCCAAAUCCUUAAGGCCUUAACCCUUAACGGCAGUCAUUCCCAAUCAAUGAUUGCAAACACAACGUAAAGUGUGAUCAAGCCAAACAUUUGUUCAUUCAUUGUCCUUUGAGACACUUGAAACAUGCAAACAGCAUAUGAUAUAUAACAGUCCAAUUUUUUAUCAAGGUAAAGAAAUGUUCAGUUUUAGUUCCUUUUUUUUUUGGAAGUCAGUUUUAGUCUUUUAGAGUUAUUUCGUUAUUGUCAUAAAACAAUGUGUGUGAUGUUUGAGGGAAUGUCAGGCGACUUCAUACUAAAAAAUAU